AUGGAAGGCACCGGUCGUGUAUUUCUCUUCGGAGAUCAGACCGCUGACUUUGACUCGGGCCUUCGUCGUCUGUUGCAUGCGAAGAACGACUCGUUGUUGUCAGCCUUCUUCCAGAAGUGCUACCAUGCAGUGCGCGAGGAGAUAACCAAGCUGCCGCAGUCCGAGCGGCAGGUAUUCCCCCGUUUCACAAGCAUUGUCGAUCUUCUGGCAAGAUACCGCGAGUCGGGACCGAAUCCCGCCCUGGAGAGCGCGUUGACAACCAUCCACCAGCUGGGAUGCAUCAUCCAUUACUAUGGUGACCUCGGUCACAUGUAUCCAUCGGGGUCUGACAGCUGUAUUGUGGGCCUCUGUACUGGUCAACUCGCAGCUGCCGCUGUCAGCUCAUCAAAAACCGUUGGAGAACUUAUUCCAGUCGGGGUUGAGACGGUAGUUCUAGCUCUACGACUUGGUAUGUCUGUUGUGAAGGUGCAGCAGUCUCUAGAGGGGACCAAGUCGUCUUCGCCAAGCUGGUCUGUUUUGGUUUCUGGACUGCGAGAGCCGGAGGCCCAGGAAUUGAUCCAAAAGUUCUCAAAGGCAAAUGCCUUGCCGCUCGUUUCUCGGCCCUAUAUCAGUGCCAUCAGCCCGAAUGGUCUGACUAUCAGUGGCCCACCGAUGUUCCUAGAUCGGUUUGUCGAAAAUUGUCUCCCUAAGGAACAUAAGCCUGUUAGAGUCCCAAUUCAUGGCCCUUAUCAUGCAUCACACCUGUAUGACGGCAGGGAUGUUGAUCGGAUUCUCAAAUCGUGGCCCAAAGAGGAAUUCCUGAGCUAUGCCCCUCAGAUCUCUAUCUUGUCAAGCGAAACUGGCAAACCGAUUCACGCCGAGAACCUUCAGGAUUUGUUGAAAACUUCACUCGAAGAAAUUCUGCUGCGUCAACUUUGCUGGGACAAGCUUAUCGACUCUUGCUAUUCGGCACUUGUAUCGACUUCAACGGCAUGCAUACUGCUUCCGAUUUCCAGCACUGCGACUCAGAGUUUGUGUACAGGACUGAAGAAGGCUGGAAUCUCCAACAUUGAGAUUGAUAGCACAAUUGGUGAUGUACAGAAGGAUUCGGAGGGUGUGAAUCGAACCGGCCGCUCAGACCAAUCUAAAAUUGCAAUCAUUGGCCUUUCAGGUAGAUUUCCUGAAGCUGCUGAUACAGAAGCCUUCUGGGAUCUCUUAUACAAGGGACUUGAUGUACACCGGGAGGUGCCACCGGAGCGUUGGGAUGUGAAGGCACAUGUCGACAUGGAAGGCAACACGAGAAACACCAGCAAGGUUCAGUACGGAUGCUGGAUUAACGAGCCUGGGCUCUUUGACCCUCGCUUUUUCAAUAUGUCCCCGCGUGAGGCACUGCAGGCAGAUCCCGCUCAACGGCUUGCUCUUCUUACUGCUUAUGAGGCUUUCGAGAUGGCUGGUUUCAUCCCGGACAGCACUCCGUCCACGCAGAAGAACCGAGUUGGUGUCUUCUACGGAAUGACUAGUGACGACUACCGUGAAAUCAACAGUGGUCAAGACAUUGACACCUACUUCAUUCCCGGUGGCAACCGUGCAUUCACGCCUGGUCGGAUCAAUUACUACUUCAAGUUCAGCGGCCCCAGCGUCAGCGUUGACACUGCUUGCUCGUCGAGUCUUGCAGCUAUACACAUUGCCUGCAAUUCUCUUUGGAGGAACGAAUGUGAUUCCGCAGUGGCGGGUGGCGUCAACGUGUUGACGAACCCAGACAACCACGCCGGUCUCGACCGUGGCCAUUUCUUGUCACGUACUGGAAACUGCAACACGUUUGAUGAUGGAGCGGAUGGUUACUGCAGAGCCGAUGGCAUUGGAUCGAUCGUCCUUAAGAGACUGGAGGAUGCUCAGGCCGAUAACGACCCGAUCUACGGCGUGAUCUCCGGAGCCUACACAAACCACUCUGCCGAAGCCGUUUCAAUUACUCGGCCUCAUGCCGGAGCACAGGCCUUUAUCUUCGACAAGUUGUUAAAUGAGGCCAAUAUCGACCCGAAGGAAGUCAGCUACAUCGACAUGCAUGGAACGGGUACUCAGGCAGGGGACGCCGUUGAAAUGCAAUCUGUGUUGGAUGUAUUUGCUCCUGACUACCGCCGCGGACCGACACAGUCUCUCCAUCUCGGUUCAGCAAAGGCGAACAUUGGCCACGGGGAAUCCGCCUCGGGCGUUAGCGCCCUGAUCAAGGUGCUGAUGAUGAUGCAAAAGAAUAUGAUCCCUCCCCACUGUGGUAUCAAGACAAAAAUCAACCACAAUUUCCCGACGGAUUUCCAACAGCGAAAUGUGCAUAUCGCCUUGAAGCCCACACCGUGGCAAAGACCAGAAGGAGGCAAGCGGAAGACGUUCAUCAACAACUUCUCAGCUGCUGGCGGUAAUACAGCGAUCCUAAUGGAAGAUGCCCCUCUGCGUGAGCAGGUCACAGAAGACCCUCGAACUGCACACAUUGUGGCUGUCUCUGCGAGGUCACAAUCCGCCCUGAAGAACAAUACCAACGCAUUGUUGCAGUACAUUGACACCAACAAAAAUAUGUUCAAUGUCAAUAAAGCUAGCCUUCUUGCCAAUCUCUCCUACACCACGACGGCAAGACGCAUUCACCACCCUUUCAGAGUCGUCGCAACAGGAUCUACCUUGGAAGAAAUGAGGAAUGACUUGUCGGCUAGCGCCAACCGCGAUAGUAUCACCCCGGUCCCUGCGACUGCACCAGGUAUUGGAUUCGUCUUCACGGGCCAAGGAGCACAAUACACCGGCAUGGGAAGCCAGCUUUAUGAGACUUGUUCGCCAUUCCGUGCUCACAUUCAACAUCUGGAUCGCAUUGGCCAAAGUCAAGGAUUCCCCUCUAUUAUGCCUUUGGUCGAAGGAAGCGUUCCAAUUGAGGAACUAGGACCCGUUAUCAGCCAGCUUGGAACGACCUGUCUGCAGAUGGCGCUGACCAAGUACUGGAUAUCCCUUGGCGUUACGCCUUCUUUUGUCCUUGGACACAGCCUCGGAGAAUAUGCCGCUCUCAAUGCUGCUGGUGUUUUGAGCACAAGUGAUACGAUCUACCUCGCUGGUCGACGGGCUCAGCUUCUCACCGAGCAAUGCCAGGCUGGAACGCAUGCUAUGCUAGCCGUCAAGUCUUCUGCAGCACAAGUCAAGCAGUUCAUUGCUGAUGAUGGAGCUGAGGUUGCCUGUAUCAACGCACCUUCAGAGACCGUUGUCAGUGGUGCAAAUGACAACAUAGACAAGCUGGCAGAGAAGCUUUCCAGUGAAGGCUUCAAGGCUACUAAGCUGAAGGUCCCCUUUGCGUUCCAUUCUGUUCAGGUUGAGCCUAUUCUGGAAAGCCUGGCGGAGAUUGGUAAAGGUGUGACAUUCCAUGAGCCGACGAUCCCAUUUGUGUCUGCUCUCCUCGGAGACGUUGUGAAGGAGGCGAAUGCAGAUGUCCUCAGUCCCAGCUACCUGACGCGCCACUGCCGUGAGCCUGUCAACUUUUUGGGUGCUUUAGAGGCCACCCGUCAUGCCAAUCUGAUGAAUGACAAAACUCUCUGGGUUGAGAUUGGCUCACACCCCGUUUGUUCCGGGAUGGUCAAGUCGACAUUUGGUCCUCAGGCAGUUACAGUGGCUUCUCUUCGCCGUCAAGAGGAUACUUGGAAGGUGCUCUCGAACAGCCUGUCCGCUCUCUACAUGGCUGGAAUUGAUCUGCGUUGGAAGGAAUACCACCAGGACUUCAGCACCAGUCUCCAGGUCCUCCCACUCCCCGCCUAUAAAUGGGAUCUGAAGAACUACUGGAUUCCGUACACCAACAAUUUCUGUCUGUUAAAGGGUGCGCCGGCCAAGCCGGCGGUUGAAGCCGCGCCUGUGUCCACGUUCUUGACGUCUUCGGCUCAGAAGGUUGUUGAGACAAGCAACUCUGACACAACAGCCACUGUUGUCAUUGAGAAUGACAUCGCAGACCCAGAAUUGAACCGCGUUAUCCAAGGUCACAAAGUCAAUGGAGCUGCUCUCUGCCCUUCGUCGCUAUACGCGGACAUCGCCCAGACACUUGGUGAAUAUCUCGUGGACAAGUACAAUCCCAGUUUGAAGGAGCGUGGCCUUGAUGUCUGCAACGUGGUGGUUCCGAAACCACUUAUUGCAAAAGGUGGCAAGCAGCUAUUCCGGGUUUCGGCCACUGCAAACUGGGCGACGGAAGUUGCUGAGGUCAAGGUGUGGUCCGUGACACCAGAGGGCAAGAAGAUCAUCGAUCAUGCCAGCUGUCUGAUCAAGUUCUUUGACACCAGCGCUGCUGCGCAGGAAUGGAAGCGCAAUGCCUAUCUUAUCAAGAGAAGCAUCCAGCAUCUCCAGGAGAGUACCGAGUCUGGUCAGGCCCACCGAAUGAAGCAAGGAAUGGUGUACAAAUUGUUCGCUGCUCUGGUUGAGUACGAUGACAACUACAAGUCUAUUCGGGAAGUCAUUCUGGACAGCGAUCAACACGAGGCUACAGCACUAGUUAAGUUUCAAGCGCCGCCGGGCAACUUCCAUCGGAACCCAUUUUGGAUCGACAGCAUUGGUCACCUGUCGGGUUUCAUUAUGAAUGCUAGCGAUGCAACCGACUCGAAAAAUACAGUUUUCGUCAACCACGGCUGGGACUCGAUGCGUUGCCUGAAGAAAUUUGAUCCGAACGUCACCUACCGGACAUAUGUGAGGAUGCAGCCAUGGCAGAACUCGAUCUGGGCGGGCGAUGUCUACCUCUUUGAUGGUGAUGAUAUCGUUGCGGUGUACGGCAGUGUAAAGUUCCAAGCUUUGGCUCGUAAGAUCCUGGAUACAGCUCUUCCACCAGCUGGAGCUCCUGCACCGAAGCCAGCAGCGAAGUCCACACCACCGCCCAUUGAUAUUCAGAAAUCGAGGGCAGCUCCGGCCAAGAAGACUCGCGCCAGCCCUGCGGCAAAUUCCAAGCCUGCCGGCCCAAGCGUGACUGCUCGUGCUCUCGCCAUCCUGGCUGAGGAAGUUGGACUGUCUGAGGGAGACAUGACAGAUGAUCUCAAUUUCGCAGAUUAUGGAGUUGACUCUCUGCUCUCGUUAACUGUUACUGGCCGGUACCGUGAAGAGAUGAGUCUUGAUCUGGAUUCUUCCGUAUUUGUGGAUCAGCCCACCAUCAAAGACUUCAAGGGUCUUUUGGCCCAGAUGUGUCCGGUUGAAAGCAGCAGCGACGGAUCCAGCAGCGAUGCCGAUCUUUCUUCUUCUGCCUCUGAAACGGACUUCUCAUCGCCUAACACGAGUGGUAUUCCGACACCUUCUCACGACAAGUCCAUGCAGCUUGGGCAGAACGACAGUAUGAAGGAAAUCCGUUCAAUCCUGGCAGAAGAAAUUGGCGUGGAACCCGAGGAGCUCCAAGGAGACGCAAAUCUGGGCGAGAUGGGAUUGGAUUCCCUGAUGUCACUCACUGUUCUCGGGAAGAUUCGCGAGACCCUGGACAUUGAUCUGCCGGGAGAGUUUUUCAUUGACAACCAAACCAUCAACGACAUCGAAGCCACGCUGGACUUAAAGCCGAAGUCAGUGGCGGGUGAAUCAAUGGAGAUACCUGAGCAGCUCCCCAUCAAAACUUCCAAGCCAACAGCCACAUCCACGAUUCAGCAUCCGCCAGCAACUUCGAUUCUUCUGCAAGGCAACCCCAAGACAGCCACCAAAAAGCUAUUUCUGUUCCCGGAUGGGUCCGGCUCGGCUACAUCUUACGCGACCAUCCCUGGUGUCUCGCCGGACGUGUGCGUUUACGGACUGAAUUGCCCAUAUAUGCGAACUCCCGAGAACCUCAAAUGCAGUCUGGACGAACUCACAAUCCCUUACGUGGCCGAGAUCCGCCGACGACAGCCCACAGGCCCGUAUAACUUCGGAGGCUGGUCUGCUGGUGGCAUCUGCGCCUACGACGCGGCGCGCCAUUUGAUCUUUGAGGAAGGCGAGCGAGUCGAACGUCUGCUUUUGCUUGACACGCCAUUCCCAAUUGGCCUGGAGAAGCUGCCUCCACGUCUGUACAGUUUCUUUAACUCGAUCGGCCUAUUCGGUGAAGGUAAGGCUCCUCCGCCAAAGUGGCUGCUACCGCACUUCAUGGCCUUUAUCGACUCCCUAGACGCAUACAAAGCGUCUCCGUUCCCAUUCAAUGACGAUAAGGUCGCUUCCAAGACCCCCAAGACCUUCAUGAUUUGGGCCAAGGAUGGCGUCUGCUCCAAGCCUGGAGAUACUCGCCCUGCACCGGCCGAGGAUGGCAGCCCUGAUCCCCGCGAGAUGCUGUGGCUGCUCAAUAAUCGCUCCGAUCUUGGUCCGAACGGCUGGGAUACCCUCGUUGGUCCAAAAAAUGUUGGUGGGAUCACUAUCAUGGAGGGUGCCAACCACUUCACGAUGAUCCAAGGCGAAAAAGCCAAAGAGCUAGCGGCGUUCAUGGCCAACGCUAUGACUGCCGUGUAG